UUUGCUGCAAAACGCGCUCCUCGGCCUAGGCCUCGCCGGAUUCUCUUGGAUACAAAUGUUGAUACGGAUGAUUUCUUUGCUCUGCUCUACCUCUUAAAGCUUAACAGAUCAGAGUUUGAGUUAGAGGGUGUGACUAUCAACAUAAAUGCCUGGACUGAUGCUGGACAUUCUGUGAAUCAAAUUUAUGACAUCCUUUACAUGAUGGGGCAUGAUGAUAUCGCUGUUGGAGUUGGUGACGAAGGUGGAAUACUAAAAGAUGGUACCAUUCUUCCUAAUGUUGGUGGAUAUCUUCCCAUAAUAGAACAGGCAUGAGCUCAUUGAUUUCCUUCUACAUGUUUGAUUUUUGUUUUUCCUCAUAAAAAAACUUAGUACAUUGCCAUAACAUGUAUAUCAUACAAUCUCAGUUAAAGGCCACUCUAAUUUGUGUUUAGUUUAUGUAUGUCAGGGUGUUACAACCACUGGGGGAUGUAGAUAUAGACAAGCUAUCCCAGUAGGUAUUGGAGGUCGUCUGGAUGUUGAUACAAAUUUUGGCAUUAGAAAAGCUUUUCUUCCUCAGGUAUAUAUAAACUUUUAUUUCCACUGAUCUGUUAUGCUUAUUCUAUGUAUG